AAAAAAAACGGCAGGCGUAAAAAGAAGGAAGGGAAAAAAAUGGGUAUUAAAGUGCCAGCACCUCCGCUUCCUCCCCCCCAACGUGUUCCUCCUCAUUUCAACACUUUCGGAUUGCAAGCUGGUCUUUGCACUGCCGUGUUUGUGCGUCUGUAUUAUAUAUAUAGAAUUACAUAGAACGUAAAGCGCAGGUCGCCCUCUCUCAUUAUGGUCAAGUUGGCAAGUAUCAUGGUUAUCGCCGUCGCGGCUCUCAGUGCGACGGACUCUGUAUCCGCUGCGGGUCUAAAGUGCAGGCGCCGGCUCGCUGCACGUCACGAGGGAAACUGCAAGAAGCGGGUCACAUCAACAGCCGCAGUCUUUCCCACAGCGACGCCAGAACCUCCUUCAUAUGUGGAACUGCCCAAAGUCGUGCCGACACCUGCGCUUCCCGCUCCGAAACCCGUCGAUUCGCCAAAACCUAUUUCUACACCUAAACCGGAACCGGCCAAGUUCGUGUCCGUACCCACCGUACCCAAACCCAAACCCGAACCCACGCCGACUCCUAUUCCAAAGCCAGAGCCCAAACCGGUCCCAAAGGGCUCAUUCCAGGAUGAUUGUCUCGCCACUCACAACCGCCUUCGUGCUCAAGAUGGCAAGGGCGCUCUCGUGUGGUCAGCCAAGGCUGCUGCACAUGCUCAGAACUGGGCCAACACGCUUGCGGCCUCUGGCAAAUUUGAUCUUGAACAUUCGGGAGGUCCCUUUGGUGAAAAUCUUUUUGCCUCUUCAACAAGUGGCGACGAGAAUCAGGCGUGCGGACCUGCCGUUCAGAGUUGGUACGAUGAAAAGAGCUUAAUGCCCAAAAGUGGGCUGAUUGGCGAUGGCGACUUUCACGCCUAUGGACAUUACUCUCAAGUUGUAUGGGGCACGACAAAGGAAUUGGGUUGUGCCCUCGGUGUGAAUGACGGAACUGGCCAAAAGCUUUCAUUUGUUGUCUGCGAGUACUUUCCUGCCGGCAACUUUGUUGGCCAACCGAUUCCUUGAAAUAUCAACAGUUGGGGCUCGGUGUUCUUCUAUGAAACUUUCGCUCCCGUCCCUUUCACUCGGGCGAGUUUUUACACUUAGAAACUUCAGUGUACCUGGAGCGCGGGCCGCUUUGUGUUUACUGUUUAGAAGUUGCUCUUAGAUUUAUGUACGCAAAAAACAAGAAAUAAAAAUUCAGUAGAUUUCAAUGGCUGGAAUGGAUUUGGAUGGGCCGGGGGAAGAUGAUCAAGUUUAUGUUUUGGGAGAUAUCAAAAAACAAAAAAAACAGACAUAUAAAAUAACAAAGAAAAAAAAGAAAAAAACGUUUUCGAAAUGCUCGGUUUCCUGGCCGUUUUGAAAGCAAUCUCUAGGUUUUUGCUGCUGCUGUG